UCAGCGAACAGCUCCUAACGCAGCUAAUCGAUUGCUAAUUUAACGAAAUCCUGUUAUUAUAAUAAAUAACGCUCUAUACGUUAUGUUGCCAUUUAUUGUCAGCAGCUGAUUCCGUGUUCCACGUUAAGACGAUAGUUUGUGGAUAUAUAUAACUAUUUUGUGUUGUUUUGUAGCUUACGUCAAAUAGAAAUAGUUGCUGAUCAGCUUUAUGAAACCGUCUGUAAUGUUUGGGGAUGUUUUAAUAGUUUGGAGGUCAAUAUGUCUCUAAGAGAGCUGAAAGUAUGCCUUCUUGGGGAUACAGGGGUUGGAAAGUCAAGUAUCGUGUGGAGGUUUGUGGAGAAUAGUUUUGAUCCCAACAUUAAUCCCACAAUUGGAGCAUCAUUUAUGACAAAGACAGUGCAGUACCAAAAUGAGCUUCACAAAUUCCUCAUCUGGGACACAGCGGGACAAGAAAGGUUUCGUGCCUUGGCUCCCAUGUACUACAGGGGCUCCGCUGCAGCCAUCAUCGUGUAUGACAUCACUAAAGAGGAAUCAUUCCAGACUUUGAAGAACUGGGUGAAGGAACUUCGCCAGCACGGACCACCCAACAUAGUGGUAGCUAUCGCUGGCAACAAAUGCGAUCUCACGGAUGCCAGGGAGGUGUCAGAGAAGGACGCUAAGGACUAUGCUGACUCCAUUCAUGCCAUAUUUGUUGAAACCAGUGCCAAAAAUGCCAUUAACGUCAAUGAGGUCUUCAUUCAGAUCAGUCAAAGGAUCCCUGGUUUAGCCACCGAUGGAGGGUCUGCUGUGAAAGGCUUCAAACUAGGUCGUCAACCAUCUGAGUCGACCCGAGAACGCACUUGCUGCUGAUGCAGUCGUAAACAAUCCGGCCAAACCCUUGUCGACCUCUCACUUUUUAUCCAUUAGUAACCAAGGAGAAUAGCAAAUGACGAAUGUGAUGUCAUAGAGGACGUUACUGAACUUCCCUGUGGAGCCAAAACAAAAUGCAGUUAUGAAUGGAAUGAGAUUUAUACUCCUGAUGCAGAGCAGAACAAAUGCCCACCUAAUGUUGUUGUAUACUCAUCUUGCCUGCUCUUUGGCCCAUAUGGGCGUCCUUAGAGAUCGAUUCCUAGGCUCUAGAUCACUGCCCAGAAACAGACAGCAACAAAACCACGUGCUGAAUUGAUAAGAUACUGUGCUGUCUUGCUCUCUCUCUUGUUCGUCUGCAAAAAGCUCUGCAAAACUUUAUUUUUCCUUUAAAGCCACUUUUUGUCAGCUAGAACAUAUUUACAGUUCCAGCCGUCUGUCCAAAUGCAAGCAACAUAGCUUUCUUGUCUCUCUGUUUAUGCAAGUCUUUGGUAAUAUAUAUAGUAUAACAUUUAUUUUAGAAAAUGUUCGAGUUAUAAUUCACCCCAAAAUCAGAUGUUGUUUUUAUAUAUAUAUAUAUAUAUAUAUAUAUAUAUAUAUAUAUAUAUAUAACAUCAUAUUUUGCUUAAAGAAAAUUAAACCUAUUUUUAGGAUCAUGAAGUACAAGUUAAGCUGAAUCGACAGCAGCUGUGGCAUAAUGUUGAAUACCACAAAAAAAUGUAUUUGACUCGUCCCUCCUUUUCUAUAAAAAAUGCAAUAAUUGAUAUUAGAGUGAGGCACUUACAAUGGAAGUGAAAGGGGGCAAUUUUUGGAGGGUUUAAACACAGAAAUAUGAAGCUUGUAAUUUUAUAAAAGCACUUGCAUUCAUUCUUCUGUUAAAACUCAUGUAUUAUUUGACCUGUAAAGUUUUUUAAAUGGUCAUUUUUUUCAUUUAAGGGUUUAGGGUUUUUGUUGACAUUUCAUCGUUAUGGUAAUGAAGUUGUAAAAUUGGCUUUAACUUUACACAGAAAAGUAAGUAGGUGAUAUUAACACACUUAAAUCAUGUUUACACAAAUAUCCUUUGUCUUGUGGUUAUACUUUUGAAACUGUGAGUAUUUUAAUGUUCAAAAAUGGGACCCCGUUCACUUCCAUUGCAAGUGCCUCACUGUACUCUUGAUUUUUGCUGUUUUUAAAGAAAAUUAGGGAGGAGUCAAAGUAUAUUUUUUGUGGUAAUCAAUAUUAUGCCGCAAGUGCUGUCGAUUGAGCUAAACUUGUAUUGAACCCGAAAUAUUCCUUUAAACUUUCUUUUUACCACAAUGCAAAAAUUCUGUUUAUUUUAGUCCUCUUUUUCUAUUUCUAAUUGGUAUAAUGCAAAAAUUAUAAAGUAUUUAUACAUCAUGGUAGUAUUUUUACUAUAAUAUAGAUUUGUACUGAAAUACAGCAAAACAAAAAAUACCGUAUUACAGUAAUAAAAAUCUAAUUUAAUAAGAAUCAUCAUUGAGAAUAAUGGGAUUUUAAUCAAUCUCAAAAGUACAACAUCCAGUUGCAGUACCAUAAUGAGAUAUUAUUACUAUUAAGAUUUAAUAAUAUCACAAUUUAAAAAAAUGUUAAUGGUACAAAAAUAGGUUUUGUAUUCAUGCAAAAUCGGAUUUCUUAAUUUUUUUCCUUUUAAUUUUGGGAUGAAAUGUGUACAUAUCGGUACAUGUUUUUGUUAGUUGUACUCAAACACUAAUGCACUGCAACAGAAAUCUCAAGAGAUGUCUGUAUUUCUGUAGCGUAUGAAGUGACGUAAGGUUGUGUCUGCUUCAUAAGGACGAUUAUAUACCAUUAUUUUACCUGUAUUUUGUAUCCGCUAUCAUCUUCACAAUGGAAAAAAUAAAACUGUCGCCGAAAAUCAGUGGAUGCACUUAAAAUACAUCCCAGAGUAAGGAGAUAAAUAUUAGUUGAUAUUGUAUUUUGUUUUGGCAAAUACUAAAUAGCACGAGAAGUCAGAGCCUUAUCCAGCAGUCCUGCAAUGAAAUGAGAUUAUGUAUAGCAGUAUUUGAAGUUUUAUAUAUUAACAAUGUGUGCCAAAACAUUUUGAAAGGAUCCUUUAAGGUCUGUUUUUUUCUGUUCGUCUGAGCUUUGUAUGACUAAAACUGUAACAUUUUAGGAGUUUAAUCCCGAGCCCUAUCUUGUAGCAGAUGCAUUGGUCAGUAAUGUUGAUGGCAGGUUUGAGUGACCUCACCAAAACAAUUUGCAUAUUUAGUCAGUUCACAAGUAAAAUGACAUUAGUAAUGCAUUCUUUGCUCUAUUUAGCAAUGUGCUGCUCUCUGCUAGUGCCAGAUUCUAUUUAGCUUGAUACUGGACAAACAAAUUAGAGUUUGAGAGAAUAAACUUAUGUUUACAAUUAAAUGUUGUACGACACUUGACCAUUGUUAAUGUUUGCCGUGCAUAAUAGGGCACCCUUGCACUUUGAGAUAAAGUUGGCCAACCUUCAAGAACCGCAGUUUUAAAGUGUUAGAUAGGAAACGUUUUCCAACCGUUCACAUGUUUUCCAUAUCAGAACUUUAAUGGUAGUGGGAAGGAGCCAAAUGUCGAAAUCCUGUAAACCAAUUCUGCCAGGCCGACGUGUUUUGAAUGUUUGUCCAGGAUGUGAGAUUGCAUUUUAACCAUUUGUGUUAGUUGGCAGUAGGACUCUUCAGAUCCCUUGCUGUUUGUUUAUUUCUUUUGUUACUGGUUCAACUGACUUUGUGAAGACUUGCCAAAUACUGUAAUUGUCUCGUCUUUCAUCUUUCUCGUUCUUUUGCAGAAUACAUUAUGGCCUGCACAUACUAUAUGCUUUUACUAUCUGGACAGGGAUAAAACAGGAGUGUAUCUGGAAACUAAAAAACAAGAUUUCUAAACCCUGUCUUUAAAAAACAAUACCGCUUCCCACUGACCCCAAAGCUUUUCGUUUUUUUAACCUAAAUGUUUCCUUAAAGGGAUACUCCUGAAAAAUAAUGGGUUUGCAACAACAAGAGGGUGAAUAAAUGAUGACAGAAUUUCCGUUUUGGUUGAAUUUAAGAACCAGGAUAUUUUAGGUGGAAAUAGGUCAUAAAAGGCAGAACUUUUAAUAGAUUCGCCCAUGCAAUGUCAAACGUUUACUUAUUGACCAUCUCAAACAUUACUAUAGAGUCUAGAGAGCACUAAUAAUGCUGGGUGAAUAGAACUUUUUCUACAUACCAGAAAACAUUUACUGAAGGUCUUUUUAGCCAAAAUUAAUAAUUGUUUCAAUUUGUCAUAUAGAUGACCUGUCGAUGUGUAGAAAUUGCAUGCUUCACCUUGGUUUUUGCUUUCUGUGCUUUAACUUAUGCUACGACACUAUAUGCCAUCCUGCCAGUGCGCCAUGAUGUUUUGGUGGAACUCAGAAGUGCAAUAAUUAUAGUUUUUCCCAAAAAAUGUGUGCCGUCAAGUUAUAGCAUGAGUUAAUUGCUCACAAAUAUUUAAAAGCUUAUUACAGUAGUUAUUUGAUUAUUUUUAGAUUUUCAUUUAGAAGACAAUGCUUGUUGAAUAUAAGAAGGGAACUGGUGGUACUUGGAAAAAAAUUGCACUUUCGAAAAUUGUUUUGAGAAUUGUCAAUUUGCACGUGCCAGUCGAAAUAAGUAGAAAUGUCUGACAAAACUGUAGUCUUAGUCUCUAUUGAUGUUUAUAUAUUCCAUUCAAAUUGAUUUUUUUUUCCACUGAAUUAUACCAAAUGUUUAGUAAAUGUAAAAAGUAAAUGUACCUCUCACUCAAAGAAGAAUCUUAAACUUCUUUUAUUCUCUGUGUUAUGUAAAAAUCUUUUUUUAUUAUUAUUAAUAUGCUUAUUAAAGGGCCUUUACAAUGUAUGAAAAUGCAUUAGACAAGCCGUAAAUGUCUUGCACAAAGCCUGUGAUCCACAAUAAGUCUAAUACGUUUCAUUUGUGCUGGGGAGCACAGGCUUUGCUUUAAUACCUUUAAAUGGAACUACAGGCUACACUUGAGUAAGUCAGCUUAAUAUGCUGUCUGGUCAUUAUUAUUGUGGUUUGGAGUGGUGUUUAGGUCAGAUAACAGUGUUAACAGUCUUGGGCUGGCCCUAAGAAAGUUGUGAAAUUCUCAUGUACUUUUCCUUCGAUACCACAUAUUAGAGUGUGUAAGUUAAUUGAUAUGUAGUCUUUCAGGCAUUAUUAUAUUUUACUGCUACUUGCCAAUGUAUUUCAGUAUAUACAAAACACAAUAAUUUAACCUAAUCAAAUAAGUGUUUUUUUUCUUUAGCUUAUCUAUGUAGUUUUUGUCAUGUAAAAAGGCUUUGAAAAUAUCCUUUUAUUUGUUCAUUUGUGAAUGUGCUAAAAGGAAAUGUUGAGCUCUUUAUUAGAAAUAAAAUUAUACAAAAUCCAAUUUAUUAUUUUUCAUUGAUCUAUGUUUACCGUCAAAGCUGCAAUCUGUGAGAAGUUGCUGCAAAUUAUUCUAGUUUUAGUAACUAAACAUAUAAAAAGUAUCAGAAUGACAUUAUUGGCCAAGACAUUUGUCACGGUUUCAAGAAGCUACACAUUAUAACAGAAUAGCACAAAUACAUAAUCGUGCAUACAGUAUAUAGUAAUUUACUAUAUACAGGCAUGUGCUAGAAUGUGUAAGCAUGUUCUGAUAAUGUAACAGAAAUAAAGUUGACAUAUUGCACAUUACAUUAAAUUGCAUAAUGAUGAGAAAAGUGUGAAAAUGUCUCAGUCUCUUCUGCUUAAAGAGUUCAGACUGACUGAGAAUAUGUUAGCUACAGCGAUCGCUUCUUCUGCACUGGCCAAUGGGCUAAAUAUAUAAUUGUGACACUUGUGGUAUGUGUGUCUCUAAGGCGGGGAGUCCCUGCUGCUCUUUUAAUUGUGCUGAGGAAAGUAAAACUCACCCAAGAACUGCCAAACUGAUCAUAAAUUAACUCUAGCAUUAAAUGUUCGUACAGUGUGAUCUAGAAGCUUGGAGGAACAUAAAGUAAUUAAUGUCAAUUCUUGGAAUUGUAGAUAUUUAAUAAUUUCCUGACUGCUUUUGAGGUACAGACCUAAAUUUUCUUCUGUUACAUGAUUAUUUGUUUUAUUUCUCUUGCAGGACAUUCGAGGGGCUUUACAUGAUGAUAAACAAUUCAUAAUCUGGGGAUGGGGGAAAUGCCAUGAACAAGUACUGAAUGUCCUGAUUCAGCAAAAUCUAAAAAUGCUGUCUCAAAUCUGCAUGCAUGUUAGCCCUGACUCAGGUCUUAUGUCUCAAAGCAUUGGCACCCAAGGCCAUCUUUGCACAUUUGAAUGUAGAAGGCCCUUUUCUAUUUAUUAGCUCAGCAGAGUAAUGCACAUUUGAUAUAGUUUCAUUCCCACACAGGAAAACCUUUAAACAUGUCUCUUAUAAGCCGGAAUACAGAGUGUACGAACGUUUUUUUAAAUGGUGAAUCGCAUGUAAACAUGUCCAGGCUACAUUUCACUGCAAAAUUAAAAGAAAAGCCUGUUUUUAGGACCAUUAAUAAUGUUUGUGUGGUUACAUUAUGCCAUG